UAGGCUACUGCAACAUUUUAAUACAGUACAAAGACUGACAAUGAUUUUCAGAAAUACAGGGGCUACCAUGCAACAUACAACCCACACAUGCAGACCACUUUUUUUUCAGAUCUUAUCUCAGCUUUAGUUCCAUAAAAAUCUGCAGCCAUGUCAGUUAGAUGACUUAUAAACAAUAGCCAACAUCCUUUUCAAUUACAAUAUCAUGGGGAUCUAACAAAACGUCCAGCUGCAACUAUUGAAGUACAAAAUACAAAACAGCAUGUUGUUAUGUAGACUUUUAAGAGAGGAAGACAAAAGCAUAGAUAGUUGUAGUAUACCAGUACUGGUUUAAAGCAGUUUUUCGAGAUACCCGUAGUGUCUCAAAGUUAUUCAUGUAUACGCCAUGCACUGUCCUCGGGCCCUCCUAAUAAACUCUGUACUUAUACAUAUGUCUCCCACAUGGCUUGAACAAUAUUACAGAAUAAGGGCUUUAGUAGUGGUUUUAUUUUCACCAUCCUGGUUUGCUAAAGUUCCUAGUCUUCAGGCUCCAGGUAUGGCUGUGUAUAGCGAUAAUAGGCAGAAAAAGAUGGCUGCUGUACCACUGGAUGUGUAGAGUGAGGAAACCAGUUGGCUUAUAAAACAUUACUUCACUACCGUUGCUCUACUCUUACCUUCAGUAUUAUGAAAGAGAUGACAAUGCCGUGAUUAUCAGGGGAUUUUUUUUAACUAUAAGUUCCUCACCUCAGCAUGUUGUUUUUUCUCUCAUGAGAAGUGUCUGCGAAUGCAUAUUUUUAUGUUUCUGAAAUAAAUAAAUAGCAUUCUACAAAUAUAGGCACUCCUUCCCUGUUAUCACUCAUUUAGGAUACAAUAAGGCCUUUGCCUGUGGCUCAAAUAUAGUCAGUUGACUAUGAUAUGCACCCUCAUGCCAACAUUACAUAAAUUCUAUUUUCUAAUUAAAUAAUGAUUUGAGGAUUUUAAUUCAAAACAUGCACUAUACCGCGUGUACAGUGUACAGUACAGGGGUCACAGUAGGCUACAUUUACUACAUUAACUUAGUUAACUCAGAAGGGAAAUUAUUUACUUUUACUUUCUGAUUUGAAACCAGGUGAUUUUUAUUGGAUCAGCUCAUAAAACAUGAUGCAUUGUUACAGAUUAAACAACCUAAUAAGGAUGCUAAAAUUAAACCAACUACAACAUUAAAAUUAUGAUUACAUGUUAAUGCAUCAGUAUUUACAAUACAAUAGUAAAACGUAUACUCUCACAUGGGCAAUUUUUAUGUUUACUGAUAAUACCUCUCUAGCCUACUAAUUCAGCUCAUAAUACCUCUGUACUUUUACUCAAGUAAAAUGUUGGAUCCAGGGCUUAAGAAGAGUGUUGUUACAUUUGAUAUUGCAAUAGAAAUAGUCAGAGCCAUGUCUUUCUCUAUCACUCUGGCAAUAGUUAUUCGUUAGUUGAGCUUUUGUUUACCAGUUUGGUUCAUCCGUCCAUCAUUUGGCCACUGAAAAACUUUAAAACCGCGACCCCCUUGAUUGACAGUUUAUCAGCCAAUCACAAUCAUCAGAAAAUCUACACAAACUUAAAACCUCAUUCUUCAUUGGCCAUAAGUAGUCGUCAAUCAUUAAGUCACUAUACCCAUCCAACCAAUUGGGAGGUACUUUUUUUUUGUAGAGAACGAGCAGCGAGCAACAGGCUGUGUCCCACUGCCCCUGCUGAGAGUACCACAGCGAAUAACCAGAUUUGUUGCAGGCCGUGGCAUGGAUGAGGUACGGCCUACCAGUGGUGCUCAAGCCCACGGACUGGUGCCGCUGUUUCCUCCUGGACUGCAGGCUAUCUACGGGGAAUGCCGGCGUCUUUACCCCGAGCAGGCCAACCCGCUCCAAGUUACAGCCAUUGUAAAAUAUUGGUUAGGGGGGACCUGACCCGUUAGACUACAUCAGUAUGUAUAGGAGUACGGGCUGUCCAGCUCAGGACAUCCAGGAGCAUUGGCACUAUGUCAGCUUUGGACUGAGUGACCUGUAUGGGGAUAAUAGGGUUCAUGAAUUCACAGGGGCAGACGGGCCCAGUGGGUUUGGUUUUGAGCUCACCUUUAGACUCAAACGAGAGACGGGAGAGACUGCACCACCAACCUGGCCGGCUGAACUUAUGCAAGGCUUGGCUCGCUAUGUGUUCCAGUCAGAAAACACAUUUUGUAGUGGCGACCAUGUAUCGUGGCACAGUCCACUAGACAACAGUGAAUCUCGUAUCCAGCAUAUGUUGCUUACAGAGGACCCACAGAUGCAACCAGUUCAAACACCAUUUGGCUCAGUGAGCUUUCUCCAGAUUGUGGGUGUUUGUACAGAGGAGCUAAAGGCGGCCCAACAGUGGAAUGGCCAAGGCAUCCUCGAGCUGAUGCGUGGAGUCAGAGUAGCUGGUGGUCCCUGGCUAAUUACAGACAUGAGGAGAGGGGAGACCAUUUUUGACAUUGAUCCACACCUACAAGAGAGAGUGGACCAGGGUAUCGAGGCAGAGGGCUCCAACCUGAGUGGGGUCAGCGCCAAGUGUGUGUGGGACGAUCUGAGUCGACCGCCAGAGGAUGAGGAGGACAGCCGAUCCAUCUGCAUAGGGUCCCAGCCACGGAGGCUCUCAGACAAAGACACAGAGCAGAUCAGGGAGACUCUGAGAAAAGGACUGGAGUUUAACAGCAAGGCAACACUACCACCCAUCAGCAGCCAGAGACAGAGCCACGAGAGACCUCAGAGCCGGAAGGACAGUUUGGAGAGUGAGAGUUCAGCAGCCAUUGUACCUCAUGAGUUGGUCCGUACACGACAGCUGGAGAGCGUCCAUUUGAAAUUCAACCAAGAGUCAGGCACACUGCUGCCCCUCUGCCUACGGGGCCGGUUGCUCCAUGGGAGACACUUCACUUAUAAAAGUAUCAAUGGAGACACAGCCAUUACAUUUGUGUCUACGGGAGUUGAAGGAGCUUUUGCUACAGAAGAGCAUCCAUAUGCAGCCCAUGGCCCCUGGCUUCAGAUAUUGUUGACUGAGGAGUUUGUGGAGCAAAUGCUUGGGGAUUUACAGGAACUUAACACUCGUGAAGAGACAAAGUUACCAAAGGAGUACAGUUGGCCAGAAAAGAAGCUGAAGAUCUCUGUCCUACCAGACUCUGUGUUUGAUAACCCACUGCAAUGAGACAGAGACACUUAAUCACCAGCAAACUCCAACAAAACCCCCCCGCAAACACACACUUCCAGAGAGGACCAUGUGUGCCACAUCUGUGUGUCAGGGCACACAGAUGUGGUGUUCCCACACUGGACGGCCAAUUUCACUCUUGAAAAUGAUCUGAGGGAUGAUCUAAACACUUUGACUGUUACGCAUUCUCAGACAUUUCUCUGAGGCCUGAAUGCUUUUGAGAAUGUCAAACCAGCCUGUCCAGAUGGUUGACCUGUAAAACAAUUAUAGGUGACACACUAGUUGUAGGGCAAAACAGGAUGUUGUCAUUCCUCCAGUAAGGCCUGCCAAGGUCUAAGGUCCAAAAUAUACGUCACUAAUACAGUUGAGAAUGCAUCCUGUUCUCACCAGACAGUGUCCCAAGCGAUAACUGUUGCGGUUCGCAAAAACAGUUUUUAUUUAUUCCACUGGCCUUAGAAAGGAUGGAAAAGUCACAUGUUGAACAAUUUUAUCAGUGUUUCUUUCAAUUGAGCUCAUGUGUAUAGUAUAUUUACAAAUGCUGGUCAUUUUUCCCUUAUGUGUUUGUGGUCAUACCAAAGUUUUAACUGUUGGCAGUUCGCUGCCAAUACAGUCUGUGUCAUGAUUCUCUAAUAAUGACAUGACAGGCUGAACUAAGCUAAACUAAUAUUCACUGCCUGUUUGUCUGGGAUAAUCCAACAAGCAUCGGACCUGUUUUCCUAGGUAUCUGGCAAAUGCAGCAGGUAUAACCACCUCUUUUCCCCUUAGCCAAGAACAAUACACUCCUGUAUUGAGUUUCUUUUUUUUUUUCUCUCUCUCUCUCAUGAUGAUGCGUGUUUUAAAGUUAUGAAAUGAAAUGCAUCAAAAACUGGGAAUCUGUGGUCAGUGUCCUCUUGUGUUGUCUCCGGUAGCCACAUGGUUUUGUUCAUCAGUAGGACCUGCCUAAAAAUGAGUUGGAUUAAAAUUCCUCAGUGCUUUGUGUUGAAAAAGGAACCCAUAUUCUUUGGUGACUCUUAAUGCUGCCUAUGGCUCCUAGAUUGUUUGAAAUAAAUCUGACCUUCAAGGCUGCUGCAUUCAGUCUUUUUCUGAUACUGUCAUUGCAUUCCAUUUUAAAACAAAAAAAGACUACUUUUACUACAGUUUCUAACAAAUGUACUCUUCUACAACGUGUGAUGGCUUAUUAUUUUUGUUUGUAUUUUUCUAUUAAGAGUGACAAAUGUAAAGUUUAGACACCGUUAAUAUGGUAUUUUGUAAUUACUUUUGUUAUGAAUGAACUGCCUGAUUGUAAUCCCAAGUGCAUUAAAGCGUGUAGCUAUUUACACAAAUAAAGAUGGAACACUAAUGCACAAAUA